AUGGAGAAAGAACAACAACACAGUGAUGAGGAAGAGGAGGAGGAUGAAGAGGAGGAUGAUUAUGAUGAGAAUAAUGGGGAUGAUGAAGAUGAUGAAGAUUUCAUUCCUCCAGAUGCCGUUGGUGGUUCAUCUUCUGAUGGAGAUGAAGAAACCAUCUCAACCUCAAAAGAGCAGCUGAAGACCAAGAGUUUCUCCUGCGCCACCUGUGGAAAAACACUGAGUUCAGAGGGUCAUUUAGCGAGACACGAGAGAACACACACAGAACAGAAAGACUUCAGCUGUAAGAUAUGCAACAUCAGCUUUCCUACCGCAGUAGAGAGGAGACUUCAUUCAAAAGAGCACAGCGGGAAGGAGGAGUUUCACUGUGAACAGUGUGGGAAGGGUUUUUUCAUUCCUUCUUGUCUAAAAGUUCACUUGAAGACUCACGGUGAAAAGUCUUUCCACUGCAGCGAAUGUGACAAGUAUUUCAGCACCAAAGGAAAUCUUGAUGCUCAUAAGCGAAUCCACACGGGAGAAAAGCCGCACAAGUGUCCUCACUGCAAGAAGAGCUUCAGUAAUGGAUCUCAUCUGAAGAAACAUGUGCGUGUUCACACCAAUGAGAGGCCGUAUCAGUGCAGUGAAUGUGGGAAAACCUUUAGGCAGUUAUCUAGUCUAAAAUCACACCAGAAAAUCCACUCUGAUGAGAAACCGUAUCAAUGCAAACACUGCGAGAAACGAUUCCGCCAGAUUUGUCAUCUGAAUUGUCACGAGAGGAUUCACACCGGAGAGAAACCAGACCAUAAGAGAGUCCACACUGGAGAAAAACCAUAUCACUGCAGCGUUUGUGGGAAGAGUUUCAAGCAAAACACUAAGUUAGUAAUGCACAAGAGGAUUCAUACCGGAGAAAGACCAUUCAAAUGCUCACAGUGUGACAAGACGUUUGCUCGAUCAGACAUCCUGAAGGUCCAUCAGCGAGUUCAUACAGGAGAGAAACCUUACUCCUGCUCCAUCUGCGGCGAGAGAUUCGCUUAUUUAGGUAGUUUUCAGACCCACCAGAACAAACACGCUAAAGAACAAACUGCUCCAGAAUCAUCAGAGUGA